AUGACGCCGUUGUCCCCAGCAAAGGAAUCCAGACUGAACAGUUCCUCAUCCCCUACCGAAGAAAGAAGCCGCGGUUCCUUUGAGCAGCAACAGCAGCGCUACUACGAGGUCCACACCCGCACUGAGACAACUACGAGCGGCGGUGAUGGUAGCAGCGAUAACACCACCACCACCAGCAGUACGACCACUUUAACUUCCACCGCAACCGACAACGAGAACAUGCCACCCUCUCCCUCGGAUUCCUCGUCGCCGCCGCCCUCCGCGCCGGCAACGGCCAUCAAGAACCAGCGUCACUCUCGCGUCAUGUCUGGCACCGCACCCUCACCGCUCAAAAUACUCGCCGGUGCCGAGACAACGGAAAAGCAAGCCCGGAGCCCGCUGCGCAAGACAGUCAUUUCCCCAGACAAACGCUUCCCGAUCAGGGUCAGCAACACAUCGUCCUCAGAGUCGCCUCGCUCCGUCUCCGUCUCCUCCAAUUCCCCGCCGCGCGAGCGAACAAUGAGCCUCGACGACGCGAUGCGCGACAACGAGGGACUCAAACACGCUAUUGAGAUUUUCGAGGACGACGAGACCGGCAUGGAGACAGAUGAUACCAUCGCCGACGACACCUCCUCCAUGACGGCCGGUGCCGGCGGCGACGAGCACCCCGAGAUGGCAGCCCACGCCUACGAAGACCAGAGCAGUCUGGGCCCUGACGAGACCAUGAUGAGCACCUUCAGCACCUUCUCCGCCGUCCCCAACCUGACCACCUUUGCGAAGCUCGGUCUGACACCUCAGAAGCACGCCAGCAUGCACGGUAUGACCCCGCGAGGGAGACCCGAGACCGUGCACGAGCAUGAGCAGACUCCGCGACAACAUAUGGCGCAGGAGGGCAACACCACCAACCUGUUGGACUUUACCGGCAGCCAGCGAUUUCCCCACAAGUCGCCCUCAAGGCGGGGAACUACGUCGCCUUCCCGAGGAAACCCUAAUGCCACUCCCGCGCGCCAGAUGUCAAAUCUGCUGGACUUCGACAUCCCGCCCCUACCAACUCCCCGCAGCAUUCCAACUAUCACACCGCGCGAGCUCGAGAGCCUCAAGUCUAACUUCCUCUCGGAGAUUAGCAGCUUGAAGGCGUCGCUGAGCGGCAAGGAAGCUGAGGUACUCUCUCUUAAGACAGCGGUUGGAGAUGCGGAGAAGCGCGUCGGCGAGAGCCAGGAGCAGGCCCGUGAGGAGCGGGCUAUGCGCGAGCAAGUCGAAGAAGAGAAGGAUGCCUGGGAGAAGAGCAGCCGCGAGAUGGAGGCAGUGCUCCGCGGCGUGAAGGAGGAGAUUGUCGAGAGCACCCGCGAACGCGAGGAGCUCGAGUCAAAGCUCGCUGAGAGUGAAGCCCGCCGUGAAGCCGCCGAGACUAUGGCUCAAGAGGCCGAGAGCAAGCUGGCCAGCAUGCGCGCUGGUAAGCCGGAGAAGGAGGGCUCUCCCGACAACAAGAAGGCCGGCGCGGCCGCGACGUCUAAGGAAGUCGAGAUCGCUGUUGAGCGUGUGGCGCGUGAGCUGCAUGCCCUCUACAAGGGAAAGCACGAGACCAAGGUCGCCGCCCUCAAGAAGAGCUACGAGACUCGCUGGGAGAAGAAGGUCCACGAGCUCGAGGUCAGGAUCGAGGAGCUUACCGAGGAGAACAAGAAGAUGCACCUCACCCGCGACGCCACCCCUCGCUUCGAUCCUGCACAGCAGGCCAUGGUCGAAGAGCUCAAGGCCAACGCCAUCACCGACUCCGCGCACAUCAAGGAGCUCAGCGCCGAGGUCGAGAAGCUCGAGGCUGUCGUGCAGACCGUCAAGGACGACAACGCGGAGCUGCGCCACCUCCUCGAACAGGAGCGCGUCGAGAAGGGCGAGCUUGUCCAGCUUGCCGAGGAGAUGAUGCAGGUCCAGACCCACGCCGCGCAGGAAGCCGAGCGCGAGCGCGAACGAGAGCGUGAACGCCAGCGCGAGCUUGAGUGGGAGCGGGAACGCGAGGCCGCCAGAGAGCGCGAGCGCGAGAGAGAAAGAGAGCGUGAGCGCGAGCGUGAGAGGGAGAGGGAGUUCGCGCAGCAGCCCCGUAAGACGGCGACGACGCCCGCUCGCGCCCCUUCGGUGAGAAGCCAACCCGACACCUUCCGCAGCAGCAUCGGCCGCGGCUCGGGCCUCAAGGCGCCCGGUACCAUCGCCGGACACGGGCGCACCGGCAGCGCUGGCCCCGCGACCAAGGGCUUGCCCCGCCCGAGGCCGAUGAGCGAGUUCGGACCGCGCAGCGGCAUCAUGAGCUCCAUCGAGAAGAUGGGCAGCCACCGAGGACGCGGAGACUAG